UCCCACCUUCAUCCAACCUUCUGUUGUCAACGUUACGGCUGUCGUCUGCUGCGUGUAACCGUGUACUUUCAUGAUCUAAUAUUUCUUAUAAUCAGUGUUUAGGGUGUUUAUCCUGACUUGUUUGACGAUUUGAACCUCUAGACAAUGAAUUCAUUCAUGAUGCUUUCCUCAGCUGCCUUUGCACUGCCGGUCGUUCAUGCUAAAGUUGCUGCAAACUCAGCCGAUAGUGUCGAUUCAAAAAAUGGUUCAGCAAAGGUUAAGGUGUCAUCUAUUCCUCUUUAUCCAGAACCAGUGAGUUGGGAAUAUUCAGCAAAGCCAGCUUCCCAGCUUGAAGAACUUGUCAAGAAAACACGUAUUGAGGUAACCAAUACCAAAGCUGAAUACCAGCCUGUUUUAGACAAGAUAACACAUGUUGUGGAAACCGGAAUUGCCCACACAAAUCAGGCACUUUUCCAGGUCAGGAAUGACACAACAACCAGAGUUGGAAUUAUGGCAUUAGGAGGAAUGGUUGCUGGCCUGGUUGCAGCUAGGAGAAGAGGAUUAUACAAUAAGAUGACAGCUGUCUUGAUUGGUGUAGGAGGUACUGGAGUGUUGUGCUAUCCUGAUCAAGCUAAAGUUUUGGCUGGAGAUGCAGGGAAAUUGGCUGUUAAAAAUGCCCGAAUCGCUUACCACUUUAUUGUUGGAGCCAGGCCCCCAAUCCAAAAUGAAAACGGCAAACCUUUUGAAAGAGUCAUGGGAAUGACCUCUGAUAUUGGCAAAUGGGGUUUAAACCUUUUCCAAAAAAAGAAUCCUACUAAUGUUGAAUCAGAAGUCAUCACGCCAGAACCUGCCCCAGAGAGCCAACAAGAAGAAAGUAAACCAUUAGAAAAAUCUGACUCAACUGAUGAAGCUCCUGCACCAGCAGAAGUUAAAGAAAAUGCACCACCAAGUGAAAUCAUUGACGAAACAUCGAUUGAUUCAACUACUUCCGAAUCUAAAGGAGAAGUCGUUGUCUCGGCAGUUGAAGUAGAAGUUUCUCCGCCAGCAUUGGAAUCCCCCCAACAUGAAGAAAACAUUGAAUCAGCACCGAGCGCUCCUUCAACUACUACCCUUUGUUCCGAUACUGUGCCUAGUGAAGAUGCGCUGUCGAUCCCUGAAGCUGAAACGACUGCGCCAAUUGAACAGGAGAUUCCGGAAGAACGGAAAAACGAAAAAUUAGAAACCGCUCCCACUCCGGCAGCAACAACGGUUUACGAAGGUGAUUUAGGUCAAGGUAGUUUGGAAGAUAAAGAAUUGUACACCACUCGCGAAUGAUAAGUUUUAAAAACAAUUUGUUAGCAGUCUUGUAAAAACACAAAUAAUGUUAGCUGGGAAACUGUUAAUAAAAUUUAUUGAUCCAUUGA